AUGUUUAUUUUGAAAUUAUUGUUUUCUUGGCUGAUAAUCAUUGAAAUUAAGUGCAAUGAAGAUUAUGUUGCAUCUAAGCUGAAAUCAGAGGAAUCUCAAAUAGCAAGUUGCCGCUACCUGCUACAGACAUUGUGGCAUACAGAAAUCAGUCACACUCCAUUUUCAUCUGCACCUCUAAUAGCUGAUGUGGAUGCAGACGGAGAAUUAGAUAUUGUUGUCUCCCCAUUUAGUGAGGUUUUCAAUGUGGUAAGGGGAGAAACUGGUCGAACAUUAGUUGGAGAGAAGUUUCGAUGGCCAGUUCAGAAUUUAAAUGAUUCCGUUCAUUCUAGUCCAAUACAGUUUGAUUAUAAUGGAGAUGGUGUCCUUGACCUUAUCUUCACAACGACCUCAGGUCAGGUUGUAAUAUAUCAACAUGAUACGAAGCCGAUAGGCCAUUUUCAGAUACCUCCAGUAUUAGUUUUACAUAAAUGGUAUGAACAGUUGAUGAUAGUACCCUAUUCUGAUUUAAAACGUUUCAUUCCAGAUCACAUUUCACCUAAUGAGAUAGGUGAUUAUAUACCAGUUGAUAGUCAUGUAUACUCUACACCAGUUUUAGCUGAUUUAAACAAUGAUGGUCGCGUUGAAGAAUUAGUCAUACCGGUUACAUAUUUAUUUGAUUCUGAAGAUUACAGAGAUUCUGAUAGAUUAAAAGAUAUUAGUAAUCCUGAUUUAGAGGACUAUCUUAUUGCUGGUAUAGUUGUUUUAAAUCUUACCAAGUUAGACAUCAUCUGGACAGCUUAUCUUGGUCUUUCACAGAUAUCUUCUGCAGCACCAACAUAUAACUUAUUUACUCCUACAGUAAUUGACCUUGAUGGAGAGUCAAGUGACCUUGAGAUUAUUGUGGGAACAUCCUCUGGUGAAGUUCAUGUCUUGACUUCUCAAGGUCAACAACGUAAAGGAUUUCCCUAUGAUGGGAAUCCUCUACAUGGACAGAUUACAGUAGCUGAUGUCAACAAUGAUAGAAUUUUAGAGCUGAUCACCAUAGAUACCAAUGGUAAUGUUAAAUGUCUGACACCAGAUGGCAGUGUAAUCUGGGAAUCAGAAACUGGCGGUACAUCAUCUCCUGGAAGUCGUAUAGCAGAUCUGAAUCAAGAUGAUCAGCCUGAUAUUAUAAUACCAACAAAUACAGGUGACAUAUACGUAUUAAAUGGAACAGAUGGAAGUAUAUUACCAGGCUGGCCUGUUAGAUUCCACUCCAGGAUAACAGCUAAUGUAUUACUGAUGAAGUUUACUCCUAGAGGACCUCCUGACUUGGUAUUUACAACUGAAGAUGGCAGUUUACACAUUCUAGCUGGUGAUCAACGCUGUAAAGUUCAUAUUCCCGUCGGUGAAACCUCAUUGGUUGAAGUCUUGUCACAUGACCUGGUGAUUAUGUCAGAAGGGGUGGAGCUAUUAGUAGCGACGAGGGAUGGAUCUCUGAUUUGUCUAGGAUCAGGACUAGAAACUCCUCCUGAAGCCUGGAUUGGUGAAACAAUGGUGAAGAGGAAUCAGCUGAUUUCUUGGCCUUCAGCAACUAAAUCUAUAAAUGAUUUCAGUUUUAUUCCUAAAAAGCCUGUGAUAUAUAUACCCUAUCAUAUAAGAUAUGUUAAAGAAAUAACAGGGAAUACUUUCUGGACUGAGUUUGAAAUAAUGGAUGAUUCCAUCACUAGAAAGUCAACUGAUAAAUAUUAUGUUAAGAUAUAUUAUGGUAGUAAUUUAUUGUUAUCCAGAAUUUAUGAUAAACCUGGUGUUUAUAAAGAAAAAUUACACGUCUGGGCUCACCCUGGUAGAGGUCAUGUGACUAUUAGAAUGACCAAUCAUUAUGGUCAAGUUUUUACAGAUUCUUUUGCAAUUAGAUUUAACAAACUGAUUCUUCAAGAUUUACAAUGGCUGUUGCUAUCUCCCUUUGUUGCCAUGGUGAUAAUAUUAUUAGUUAAUCAUGGUUUUCCUGCUAAAGAUCUACUUCCAGUUACAUUCCAGUCUAAAACAAACUGA